AUGGAAAGCUCGAAUCGCCUCUUCCGCUUCCCUAAGCCAGCCUGGCUGAACAGCCCAAACACACGCACAGCAGGCUUCUCGCUCGGCUUCUUCUUCUUCCUCGACGCCGCCGUCUUCUCGAAAUCCAUCUUGAAUGGGUCCGAUGUGCACAUCAACUUCGUGGAUUGGAUCCCACUGAUCUGCUCAGCACUCGGCAUGCUGGUGAUCAAUUCGAUCGAGAAGUCACGACUGUCAGCGGAUAGCUUCUCUUACUCAGGCGACGGCGUGGCAUGGAAAGCGAAGACCGUGCUCUUUCUCGGGUUCGCGCUGCUUGCGGGAGGGCUUGCAGGCAGCGUCUGCGUACUAGUACUGAAGUAUCUGGUGCAGGAUCUGGAAACAGGAACCAUGUGGAUGGGCGUGGCGAAUGUGCUGGGCAAUGGGCUGGUCAUGCUGAGCAGUGUGGUGCUGUGGGUCAGCCAGAAUAUGGAGGAUGAUUAUACCUACAACCUGCAGCUGUGA